UAAAUCAUUCACCAACCGAGACCGGGAGCUAACUUUUAAUGUAUAUUCAAGCCAGUAUUCUGUCCCUGCUGUGCGUGGCUAUCAGCGAUCUUCUGCCACUGACAUGGGCCCGUUCACUGACCGUCUCCCUCAACAUGUCCAUGACUCGAACUCUUACUCCUGAUCCUCCCAAUGGUACUGAGCCCAAGCUCAGCCAGGACAUGCUGAGGUCCUGCAUGCGCAAGACCGAGAUCUCAAUGUCCCAGCUGAAGCUCUUCCAUAUGAGUCUGCUGAACAACGAUUACAACGCCGAGAACGAGGUGGCCCCGCCUCCAGCCCAAGCCAUGAGUGAUGUCAACGCCCUGGCCGAUCUGGACUUCUCUGGGAACUCCCAGAUGCCAUUCCUCAACUUGAAGCACAACGAGCCGCUCCAGUGCUUCGUCAGUUGCCUGUACGAGAGCCUGGACGUUGACAGAUACAACAUCCUGCUGGAGGAGGCCUUCAAGAACCAGGUCCAGACCAUCAUCCAGCACGAGAAGGCCGACAUCAAGGAGUGCAGCGAUCUCCAGGGCAAGUCCCGCUGCGAAGCUGCCUACAAGCUCCACCUCUGCUACAAUCACCUGAAGACCCUGGAGGCGGAGCAGCGUAUCCGGGAGAUUCUUGAGCGGACAGAGGCCGAGAGCGAUGGACUCGGUCCGGACGGUACCGACUUUAUCGACGGUAUUCAGCACUCCGGGGAAUCGGCCACCGAAUCCAAGCCGGAAUAA